AGCGAGGAGCGUUUGCGGCUCUUCGUGGGCGUUUCGGGUGUGCCCUGGCCGGGGCACGGGCUGUGCGGAAGAGUAAAGGUCUGAACAAAUCGUAGACCAUGGCGUCUGACGCUAGUCAUAUGCUUGAAGCAGCUUUGGAGCAGAUGGACGACAUCAUUGCAGGUACAAAGUCAGCUACAGAUUAUGCCAAUGGUGGCUAUGAUACUGUGUCACCUGCUCCAUCAGUAUACUUGGGCACGCUUCAAAUUUUGCAUCUCUUGGAAGAUCUAAAGAUUGCAUUGGAAAUGUUAGAGGAUCCUCAAGAGAAAGAAGCGUUGCGAAGUCAAAUUCCAGGGGCCACAGCAAUUUGUAUACGGGAGUGGUUUGAAGAGAAUCUGUCACAGGUGAAUCUUCAUUCUUCUAUGAAUAAUGAAACCUAUCAAGAAAGAUUGGCACGAUUAGAAGGUGAUAAAGAGUCGCUCAUACUGCAGGUGAGUGUCCUCACAGACCAGGUGGAAGCUCAAGGAGAGAAAAUCCGGGACUUAGAAAUCUGUCUGGAGGGGCAUCAGUUGAAACUGAACGCUACAGAAGAAAUGCUUCAACAGGAGUUGCUCAGUCGAACAUCAUUAGAGACUCAGAAAUUAGAUCUAAUGGCUGAAGUUUCGGACCUGAAGAUUAAGCUGGUUGGUAUGGAAAAGGAACAGAGUGAAUAUGAAGAGAAGCAGAACAAAGCUGAGAGUUUGCUACAGGAACUUAGACACCUCAAAAUUAAAGUAGAAGAACUGGAAAAUGAAAGAAAUCAGUAUGAGUGGAAACUGAAAGCAACCAAAGCUGAGAUAGCCCAGCUUCAGGAACAAUUAGCUCUCAAAGAUGCAGAAAUUGAACGCUUACAGAGUCAGCUAUCUAGGAUGUCAUCACAUAAUGAAGUUGCGGAAAAAGAUCAAGAAGUUCAACGCUUGAAGAUAGGAAUGGAAACAUUAUUGGCUGCAAAUGAAGAAAAGGACCGUCGGAUAGAGGAGUUAACACUACUGCUAAGCCAGUACAGGAGGGUCAAGGAGAUAAUGAUUGCAGCUCAUGGCUCUUCAGACAGAAUUGUCUCUGGUGGCAGUGAAGACGAACCUGAGACAACUUUAAGGAAAUGGAAUCUUUUGACUAAUCCUCAAGGGGAAUUAUUUAAAACAGAGGCCUCUUCGGGAGAAUUGUCACCAGCUGUGCUAUCUCCAGUGCCACACAAAGCUAUGGAAAUCAGUAGAAGCAUUCCAGUAUCUUCAACUAAUCUAAUCUGUCCACAAGAAGAAUCUUUGGAAAACAGAAGUAGGGUUCCACAGAAAAAAAAGUCCAGUAGUUUAGAAGAGCUGCAGAGUGAAUCCUUGGAAAAGUAUGUAGACGGAAAACCAAUACAGCCUGUUAUAGAACAAGAGAAUAAGCCAUUUGUGAAAGGCAGCAAAUAUCAAACCUUGCCAGGAAAGCUGCCUCGACCCACACACAAUGGAGAGCAGGGAGCGUAUAACAUGUCAAAUUCACCAGAUGUCUGUGGCGUGAACGACAACGAGGAUAACGGCACCCUGAGCCUGCAUCGGAUCAGGAGUGUCAGUGCACCAGCACUAGGAGAAACAGAGACAGUGGAUGGUACAGUAGUCUCAGACGACCUUUCACCUCUUUCCUCGGGCAUGGAUUCGGGUCCCCAAUCUCCGUUGUCUCCAGAAAACAGGAAGAGUCCAAAAGGGAUCAAGAAAAUCUGGGGAAAAAUUAGAAGAACUCAGUCAGGUAACUUCCCUGCAGACGAUCUGGGUUUGGCAGAGUUUCGAAGAGGUGGUCUCCGUGCAACAGCUGGACCUCGCUUAUCCAGAUCAAAGGAAACAAAAGGGCAGAAAAGUGACUACAAUGCUCCGUUUGCUCAGUGGAGCACUGAAAGAGUUUGUAACUGGCUUGAGGACUUUGGUCUCGGUCAGUACGUCAUUUUUGCACGGCAGUGGGUGAGUUCAGGCCAUACACUGUUAACUGCAACACCUCAGGACAUGGAAAAGGAAAUGGGAAUAAAGCAUCCUCUGCACAGGAAGAAAUUAGUUUUGGCAAUUAAAUCAAUAAAUGCGAAACAAGAUGAGAAGUCUGCACAACUAGAUCAUAUCUGGGUGACACGGUGGCUUGAUGAUAUUGGUUUACCUCAGUACAAAGACCAGUUCCAUGAGUCCAGAGUUGAUGGGAGAAUGUUGCAGUACUUAACUGUGAAUGACCUUCUUUUCCUGAAAGUCACCAGUCAGCUGCAUCAUCUGAGUAUUAAAUGUGCCAUUCACGUGCUGCAUGUCAACAGUUUUAACCCCCACUGUCUACGCAGGAGACCAGUUGAUGAGAAUAACGUUUCACCUUCUGAAGUAGUUCAGUGGUCAAAUCACAGAGUGAUGGAAUGGCUCAGAUCAGUUGAUCUGGCAGAAUACGCACCAAAUCUUCGAGGAAGCGGAGUGCAUGGUGGCCUCAUUAUUCUUGAACCUAGAUUCAACGGAGACACACUGGCAAUGCUGCUGAACAUUCCACCUCAAAAGACCCUAUUGCGACGCCAUCUAACCACCAAUUUUAAUGUAUUAAUUGGACCAGAGGCACAACAAGAGAAGAGAGAAAUAAUGGAGUCAACAGCAUACACACCUCUGACCACCACUGCCAAAGUUCGGCCAAAGAAACUUGGAUUUUCACACUUCGGAAACUUAAGAAAAAAGAAAUUUGAUGAAUCAACAGACUACAUUUGUCCUGUGGAUACAAAUCCAGGUGUUACCAAUGGUACUCCAAAGAACUAUGGUGGAUACAAAGGACUUAGUCCAUUCACUGAUAGGGAAUUGGAUAAGCUUGAUCAGGUGGGACAAACAGACUGAUGCCAUUCUCAUCUCAUCCUCUCCAUGCAUUCCACAGCUUGCAAAUAACAUAGUGUUAGCAUAACCUACCAUAUCUAUCUGCUUCAUCCGCAUGAACUCUUUGAGAAAGUAUUGGCUGUGGACACUUGAAAAGAGCUCUAUACUGAGAAUGUAAGAGUAAUAUUUUUAAUCAACAAUAAGCAUAAACUCAUCUAUUUUCAAGCCCUUUUUCAGGAACAUAACACCUUUACACUAUGAAGAUGAUGUAUUUUGAUAGUUAAGGUGGAGGCUGCAGUAAACAAGACUUUUGUGCUUCCAGUUUUCAUAAUCUAUGAGUGUGGCACACAACUUUCUUCUUUAUGGGUGGUUUUAAUGUAAUAAGUUUAUUCAGACUAAAUUGUGCAGAGGUAUCAAGCUAUAUAUAUUAAAAUACAACUGGAUGGUACAUUUUUAACAGACGUAUUAAGCGCCCAAUUGAAUUCUUCUUUCAUUAAGUACAGUGGGAAGUAAUUAUGCUUAACCAGUAUAAAUGAAAACAAUGCAUCAGUAAUGAACAAAAUUAUUAAACUAAUACCUGAAUAAUUGAGUUUUGUUAUCUAGUAGUGAACUUCUGAAAGAAACUCUUAUCUAGACAUUAUAUAGAUAAAUGAUGAAGGCUAAAACCCAAACAUUAUUCAACUUAGCUGCAAAAUUUUGUGUAAAGGGAUAUAAACCCUGAAAAACGGAGCCCUGAGAGGCUUGUGUGAACUUUGUCAACACACAAGAACCAGAGGCAGCUGGGGUAAACUGUCAUAUCUCUAGUGACCUUAAGUGAGAUAUGACAUUUUAAUUUUAAUGAAAGAAUGGUCACAAAAUUGAAGACUAACUGUGAAGGUCAUUUUUUCACUUGCAUGGUAUACUGCAUCUAACAUCACAUUUGUAUUCAUUAUCUAACCACUGUCCUUUUCAAUGUACAGCAUGUCAAUAAAAUAAAAGGCUGUUUCUAAGUAGAGAGAGUACCAAAUCCUGAUGGGAUUGAACAGACAUACUAUGAUUUAGUAUGGACGUCCAAUUGCACACCUUAGUGGUGUAGGCGAGUGCAUUAACUUUGAGCCUAUGGCUUACUACAUGCAGUUGUGCAAGUUUUAAAAAAAUAUUGGCUAUUUCAUUAUGACAGUAGUCUUUCAAUUAAGCAUGAUUUAGAAGCAUGUGAUCCUGCAGUGAAACUGCAAUGCCCUAAAACUGAUGAUAUUUUAAUGUAAGAACUGGUAGGACUGUGUCAUUAAGGACUUGCAUUGACUAUCUAUGUAGUAAGACUACCAAAAGUAUUUUAAGCAAGUGUUUCAUCUUCUGGAAAAUACUACUCUUCACUGAUAAUAUCACUUAAGCUAUUUAUUUUCUUGUGUGAAUUAGAUCUCUAGUUUCACAGAAUGUGUCUGUCUUGAUUAGGAU